CAAAUAUUAUUGGAUCAGUUGGACUUUUCAUUAUUAGAAUGGUCUAACUAUUCUGGCAUCUGGCCCCUAAUGUAGCUGCGUGGGUAAUCCACAUUCCGCAUCCCGCAUCAUCAGCCCGAUAUCAAAAGUUGCUAAAAAUCACAACGAAACUUCCAAAAUCUAUCAUCGGCCGAGUCCUGCAAACACGACUACUAAACGUCUCAAUCUUUGAUUUUUUUUUUCUUCGCAAAGGUUUCUUCCUCGUCCUUUUUCAACCUCCUACCGAUCAUUUUAGUGCGAUGAUACGUUGUUUCAUAUCCAUGGUUUAAUUCGACGCAUAGUCGAGCUUCUACUUUCCUACGAUUCAACGACCUCUCUCUAGUUUAACAUAACCGUCAUAUCACAACCAUGGACAGGUUACCAUCGCCCCCGAGGCACUCGAGUCGCUCCUCUAGCGUCGAAGUAUCGUUCCAUACUUACAGUCCCACGUCACCUAGAAGCCGACGACAGUCCAAAUCCUCUUUUCAAGAUCCCCUAACGCCCUUACGCAAUAGUAUGAACGAAUCCGAGCUUAAUGACCUCAGUGGUGGUGGUAUGGGCCAGGACAACGGGCUUGGAAAUCUAGCCGACGAAUUAGCUGACGCUUUGUCUGGCUCUGGUGACGAGGAAGAGUACUACGAGGACGAAGAAGGAUCACCACGUCUCGGUUUCGGUCAGAAGAGGGAUGACGGUCGGGAUUCGACUGAUGGGAUUAGAGAUAGCGGAGUUGAUGUAGCAAGCCAGUCAGAUCAACAUGGAAGGACUAAGAGCACGAGCUUGGGUAUACCUUCGCCUCCUGGGCGUGGCCACCGGCGAACAGGAAGUGCAUAUGACGGGAGCGAAUAUGGCUCCGAAUCCGACCUCGAUUCGCCUGGCAUGCCACCAAGCCUGGUUGCUAAGAUUGAUGCAGUUGAGUCGUUAGCCCGAAGAGGCACUGAAAGCAAUGGUGGACCUACUGAUGGCGUCUUUCAACGCCUGACCGACGGACUCAAAGAUCUCGGGUCACAGUCCAGCGUAGAGGGAAGUACGACGAGGUUGAUUACUGCUCACUCGGCCUUGGCAACACAUCUGGCACAUCAGACACGUCAAAUUCAUAAUCUCACAUUCCCUCUACUAUCACCGCUAGUCACACCUCCGGACCCCGAUACGAUCGAUUCUCUGCUACCAUUGCUCGCUUCUGUCUCGGACGAGAUGCCGCGACCUGCAACUUCAGCAUUCAACUCCUUGACUGCUUUGCAUUCCGUGACAUCGGACCUAGUCCAAACUCUCAAUUACCUCUCAGAUACACUGCAUAUGUCACGGCAAACCACUACCACCGCCACGAGACGCCUAAGAACUGCCAAAGAGAUGGUGGCGGAAAUGAAACGAGAAGAGGAGCUUAAAGAGGAAGGGGAGAGAUGGUUGACAAGGGGUAACUGGAGCGAAAGGUUACAAAAGCGCGAAUGUGCCGGCGUGUGCAGAGAGGUUGUUGGAGGUUUCGAAGAGGUGUGUAACGGCUGGAGAGCACGUCUAUUAGCCCAGGCAGAGUCGGCAUAGUCAGCAUCGGAACAACCUUGAACUAUGCCAGGGCGCAUGUUAUACUGUAGAAUAAGGGUCCCUAUCGUCUUCGGGCAAAGAGCCGGGUCUAACGUUGUAAUAUGCGGUCGACGUGGCCUUAUUAAUUCGGAUCUUCUU